AUGGAAGAAGCUGCGCUCCUGGCCGCCAGCCUGACAGAACCCACCCUUGGCUUCCCUCAGAUGUGCGGCAUCGCCCUGACCGCAGAGUGUAUCUUCUUCGUAUCUGACCAACACAGCCUCUACCCGCUGCUUGAAGCCACUGACAAUGACGACAUCUAUGGGGCUGCCUGGAUUGGCAUGUUUGUUGGCAUCUGCCUCUUCUGCCUGUCCAUUCUAGGCAUUGUAGGCAUCAUGAAGUCCAACAGGAAAAUUCUUCUGGUGUUCACACCAAACCUCUUUUUGAAGCAGAUGCUGGAGAGGUACCAAAACAACAGUGCUCCCAACAAUGACGACCGAUGGAAAAACAAUGGAGUAACCAAAACCUGGGACAGGCUCAUGCUCCAG